UUUUUGAUAUACCUGUGUUGAUAUGUUUAUGUUGAAAAAGGAACUAAAGUUAAGCCUAAUUAUUUGAUCAACUCACUAAUUAAUUUAAAUAUUUUUGUAAAGCAGCAACACCCGAAACUUAAUAUCUUCAGAAAAUUUAAGUAACUUAUUAACCUUUCAUUCAUCUAUGUGUUUGAUGUUAAUCAAAAAGAGCAAAUAUCCUGACACUGAUCCCUGAGGUAUCCCACAAGACAUUAAUUCAGUUUUACAGAAUUCUAUUUAUUUUAUAAAAUACUCUACUUUCUAAGUUUCUUCUAUCUAGCUAUUCUCUGAUCCACCUCACCUGCAAUAUAUAUGCCUGUCUAAAGCCUUUAGAAUACUAACUAUUAUGAGUUACCCACUGUCCCACAAAACUGUUGUGGUGUUAGACCACAGUCCUCACUUUUUGGCUCCAAGCUGUCAGCAAGUGGAGUUUGAUAUUUUUACAAAAGCUCACCAACCAGGAAUCAUUCCAUUAGCUCCAAUAACCAAAUCCUUAUGGACAACAGUAGUUGAAGCAACCAUGGAGUAUUGUCGUAUUGUUUGGGAUAUAUAUCCAAGUGGAAAACUGAUUCGGUUUGUAGUGAGUGAUACUGAAGCUCACUGCCUCAACACGUGGUCCCAGCAAGGACAGAAUCUUGGUUAUUUACUGGAGGCUUUAGCUGAUAUUGGAGUUCCUAGCCAGCCCAGAAAGAAGGAUGAGUGCAGCAUUAUGCAUGGCUUGACUGCUGCGAUCAAGGCACUGUGCGAGUGUAGUGAGGUACAGCAUGAGAAAAGGACAUCUCUCACAGAAAAUGCUGGAUCUGUAGUAAACCGAGGACGUGUGUUAUGUAUUUCCUCAGUCAAAAGUGAAUCCCAUGUGCGAACACUUGAAAAGUGUUUUCUUGAAGCUCUGAAUGAGCACAACAAACUGGCAGCGGGAUCAGACAAUUUAAUGCCAGUUCAUCAGUGUGAAUUUACCCUUAUCCUCACCUUUCCAAUUCCUACCUCUGAAGAAUCAACAAUUCAUCCAAUACAGAGGAGAGAGCUCUCUCCAGUACUGACCACUGAAGUUUAUAUGUCGAAAGCUGGACGCUUCCUUGCAGCCACCCUGUGUUACCUUGUUCAGAGACAUUUUAACCUAGCAUCCACUACUGUGACAGGCAUUCCUAUGAAGGAAGAACAGAAUGCCAAAUCUUCAGCAAAUUAUGAUGUGGAACUUCUUCAUCCAGUAGGAGCCCAUUCUGAAUUCUUUAAAACUGGCUUUGCAAACACAGAAGGAGCACAUGUGAAAACUGUAAAAGAGGGUCUAGAGUAUGACUCUGUUAUCCUGAAAUGGUGUACCCCAAGACCAAGUACUGUAGACCUUCAGUAUUGUACAGCAGCUCAUCGUAUUACUCCUGUUGAGGUGAAUAGUCGGCCGUCAUCGUGUCUCACAAACUUUCUACUCAGUGAUCGUGCAGUGAUGCUAGAAUUGCCAAGAAAAUCUGGUUCAAGACUUUUAUCCCACAUGCUAGUGAGCCAUGGUGGUGAGAUCUACAUUCACACUCUCGCAACAAGUAGGUCGAUUCUUGAAGAUCCUCCGUCUAUUAGUGAAGGAUCAGGUGGACGAGUUACAGACUAUAGAAUAAAUGACUUUGGAGAGUUCAUGAAAGACCACCGACUAGCUCCUUUUAAAUCUGAGUUAGCGGAUGGAGAAUUACCACUUGAGAAAGCAAAAAAUCGUCUAAGUCGACAGACCCUUUACUGGCCAAUGGUCAUCAGUCACACCACUAUAUUCAAUAUGACACCUCCUCUUGAACCAUUACUGUCACUGCUAAAGAAAGAGACGUUGACCACUGAUGAAGUUAUUGACUGUAAGAAAGUCAUCUAUAAUCUUAUUGGAAUGGAAAGCAAAGGAACCCCAUUGCCCAUGCCUGUAUUAGGUACCAGAGGAAAAGGUCCAAAAAGAGAAGAGCAGUAUCGAAUCUUAUGGAAAGAACUGGAAACGUAUAUCCGAGCUUAUUGCACCACUGCAGAGCACCAUAAUAUCUUAGACUGUCUUUUGGACUGUCGUAAGCCCUCUCCUGAUAGUGACAGUACGAUACCAUCUAAUGGAGCUAAAGUAUCAGUUGUUACCACCAGCACUGGCACAAGAAAGGCAGAAAAGGGAUUUGUUAAAGAAGAGAAGCUAGAAGCUGGAAAAACUGGAAAUGGAGAAGUUGGCUGGAAAGAAAGAGUCAGCCAGUUUAGUGAUGUGGACAUUCACGAAGAUGGAGGAAACAGUUUUAAGGUGCCACCAGCUAAAAAGAUUCGGUUAGGUUUGCAGGAUGACAGAGGUCGUUUUAGUGGAUCUCAGUCACUUCUUACACUGUGGACCAACAGAGUGAAUGCUGAGCAUUCUAAAAGACACAGGGAGUUUUCUGGAAGGAUAGCUGCAGGAAGUGGACCAGCCUUGUUGUACCAGAAUUUAAACUCUGAUCAGAAUAACCAGGAUGACAGACAUGUGAUUGCUCAAAAGAAUAUCAAUAUCAGUGGGUUUGUGAAAGGAAAUGCCAGUCACAUGACAUACAUAAAAGAGGAGCCUCAGGAUUUUGCAGCACGAUUUAUGCCAUGCCCAGAUGGCGAAGAUAUUCAAAAUGGAUAAAGCAGUGAGUUUUGUAAUUAUUUCCCCACUCUGUACAAACUGAAAUAAAAUGGUUCUUGUAUUGU